UGCAGAGCGGACAUUCUCUAGUUGCUCGAGUUUGACAAUAAAGAUGCUUUUCCCUGCUGUCGUUCUUCUUUUCCUUUAUCAGGUUUCCUUCACCUCGGCUUGUGAUGUGCAGCUAGCUAUAGACAACAGGUCUAGUUGGAAGUCUUUCGGUAAUGGACUGGAGGAAGUAACUUUCACAGGCGGGCAAAUGCGUCUAGCUGCUGUGUAUAACAACAGUCGUGGGGCACAAAUGGAUGGUAAGUGCUACUCGAUAUCUGACUACAUUCCGAUUAAUCCAACGAAGGGUUAUGAAUUCAGCAUCUACAUCAAAUCGACGGCAUCUGACAUGGUAAACUCAUUUGGUUUCUACGUUUACAAUGAGACCAAAGGAAGAAUAUCGAAUCCUAACUUGGGGGAUCCAUAUUUCAAAUACAGUGAUAACGAUUCAAAUGUGUGGACCAAAUGGACGGGCUACAUUCUUCCUCACUACAUGGCUGACUCGAACAAUGACAGCCAACCGGAUUCUCAGUUUGACGAGACAAAUGGAGUAGAUUGGAAGUGGCCACGUUAUGCUAAAUAUGUUGCCUUACGAUUUGGAUCGUGUGGUAAUGGCAGUCAAAACUCAAACAAAGGCAUUGUUCGUAGACAAGCUGUACACACUUUGUCGCCAACGUAUUCUAUUUCAGACUCUGUUGAGUCUAUCAGUGACGAUACUAAACUUGCUUCUAUUACGGAUUUCUUUGACCGACUUCAUGUUACAGAUGAAAGUAACACUGGACCUCCAACUGCAGUUCCUACUGCACCUCCUACUUCGCCUCCUACUGAACCUUCUACUUCACCUCCUACUGAACCUUCUACUUCACCUCCUACUGAACCUUCUACUUCACCUCCUACUGCACCUUCUACUUUACCUUCAUCUGUCACACCUGCUGUAAACAAGACGUGGUAUUUGAAUGUCAGCGUUUGCGAAUUCGAGAGUCUACGGCGUCCUGAACAUAAUCUUGCCUGGACCUUUAACAUAUCUGACUUCCGUGAAUGGGCAUCAAAACCAAACGACACUAAUGCAAAUGAUACCCAUGCUGUCAUAGCCGAGAUGGUUGAGGGAAAAGAGGGAAAAUGUUAUUAUCCGUGGGGCGUUACACAUCUAUUUGAGAUUGAUUCAGACAAAUCAUAUAAGUUUGGUGUUUGGAUCAAAAGCACACAACGCGAUCUUCACAACGUUUUUGGUUUUCAAGCGUAUGACAAAGACGAAAAUCUUCUGACCUUUCCAUUACUUGAAAGUGAAAUUAAGCAGUAUCAUUCUGACAACACAACCAAACCGUAUUUCAAAAGAAGCAACAAUGAUAAAAGAGAGUGGACAUGGUGGAAUGGAUUUGUACUUCCAGACGGAGCUGAUGACAUCUCUUCUCACUUCAUUAGCAAAGGACGAAACUGGGUGUGGCCACGAGAUGCCAAAUAUGCGCAGAUGAGGUUUGGCAGUUGCUAUGGCAACGGAAACAAUCAAGGCAUCACCUAUUUCGCUCUUCCUCAGGUGGAGCAAACUGAUUUCUAGUCAUAGAAUGUCGUGUACUUGUGUCGUUUCAGACGAACCAACAGCUACUUAGAUACGUAUAUGUAGAGCGAAUCCGAAAUUGUGCCUUUGCAUGCACGUUUUGGAAUACGAUUCUGCAUGCUGUCUCGUGAACACGUUUGUCGACUACUAAAGAAAUUACAUCUCUCAAAAGUUUCAUUUCGUUUCUGUACUAACCUAGCCUGGAAUUUCUUCAAGAU